UACAUACUUACUUCGGAGACUGUGAGCACCACCUUCUUGCUAGUGACAACAAGUAAAUUUAAACAGUAUACACUAAUAUUGGCUUUUAUUUUUUUGGUAGUAUUCCAUCGAAAAGCAUUCGUUUUAACAGGUACACUUUUCACACUUUUUUUUUUAGCUUUUGAUGCACAUUGGGUUGGCACUCAGUUCAUUUCGCUAAAAAAAAUGUUUAGAGUUUUAUCAACGACGUUUUAUAUAUUUGUUGUUGAUGUUGUCUACGGGGGACGAGGGAGUGACUAGAGAUUUGUUUUUGUUUACAUCACAGAAUCCUGUUGUGGUGGCUAGUAAGGCUAGUUAGUUUAUUGUUGUUGGAGAAAUUGCUGCUUUGUUUCGCUAGAAAUGAACGGGCCUCGUGUGCCAGUGCUGAAUAUUCAAAGCGACUGGGACGAAGCCCUACGGAAGAUCAUGGGCGAGUGCUGGGUUUCGUGCAAGUUCCGCGACGAGCCGGGCGUGCACGGGAAGCUGAAGAACGAAGGCGUGCUGAGAGGUGAGCCCGCCUACGCUUCGUCGUGCGACAGCUUCUCGGUGGUCGACUCGCCGCCCUCCACCAUCGCCGUCGUGCACAACCCGUCCCGCCACAAGUGCGUGUUCGUGGCGCCCGUCCGCGCGUUCGGCGCGCUGCACCGCAAGGCGGUGGUGUCUCUGGACGCGGCGGCGGGCGGACUGGGCGUGUCCGCGUGCGCGGAGAAGCUGGUGGUGUGGGACACCAAGCUGGGGCUGGCGCGCCGGGUGCUGGCGGGGCACCUGGGCGACGUGUACCGCUGCCGGUUCUUCCCCUCGGGCGUGGUGGUGCUGAGCGCCGGCGCCGACAUGCAGCUGCGGGUCUGGUCGGCGGAGACGGGCCAGUGUCCCGUCACGCUGCAGGGGCACGCGGCAGCCGUGACGGGGACCUGCGUCGUGGAGCGCGGGAGGAACGUGGUGUCCGUCUCCAAGGACGGCACGGCACGGCUGUGGGACUGCGGGCGGUCGGCCUGCCUCGGCACGCUCGCCAGCCGCGGCGCGCCCGCCAACUGCUGCGCGCUGCUGGCGGUCUCCGGGGAGCCGCACCUGGGCGAGCCCUUGGAGCCGCCGAGCGAGCGCGAGGUCGGCACGGAGGGCAAGCUCCUGGUGCUGGGCUUCGAGGACGGGACGGUGGAGGGCGUCGCCGUGCGGAGCAGACGCAGCGUCUUCAGCUGUGUCCUGCCCUCUGCCGUCAACUGCGUGGCCGCUCUGGCCGACCACGCCUUUGUGGCGGGCUGUCAGGACGGCAGGAUCGCGCUCUUCGACGCGAGGGGCGCGUCGGCGCCUCUCGGGACCUGGUUCGAGUCCAACAGUGCCGUGCUGAGCCUGCUGCCCUUGCUCGGAGGCUUCCUCGCGGGCAGAGCAGAUGGAAUGUGCUCGUACCACCCGUGUCCGAGCGACGGUCCGGACUCGUUCAGGAUAGCGCUGACGGGGUCUGACUGUGACGCCAUCUACGAUAUGGCGUGUGACGGGUUGUACGUCUUCACUGCGUGCAGAGAUUCAGUGAUUCGAAAAUACGAUGUGCACACGAUCAAAGAAUGUCUGCAAGACAGUAGCACAUUCAGUGAUUGAAAACUGUGGUGCCAACUAACAGUGCAUUUUGGUUUUUGACAUUAUUAACAAGAAUGCACUAAUUUUUUUCAGUUACCUUUGUGCAUAUUACUUUCAACUUUCAUUGGAUCCAUAACCUUUUCAAAUAGGUAGUUACAUUUUUGUGAAACAUCACAUUUUAUUGUUUGUACUAUUAUUUUAUAAGUAAUUCCAUAAUACUGGGCAGAACAAAUCAAAGUUCCACUAACACCAGAGGUAUACAAAAAAAAUUUAGGAGUAUGUAUGUACCUGUCUUAGAUUUAUGUACAGGUAUAGACGAUACUUCCCCAUUUAAAAUUUGUAGUUUGACUGCUAACAGUAUUAAUUUACAUAUACCACUUAUUGUUUUUGGUGAUAUUUUUAACUUUAUCCUUAAGUUAUUUUUUGAAAAUGUGUCUAGUUACUUUGAAAUUGCAAUGAUCAACGCUUGUUUUCUUUGUAAAAAUUAUACUUUUUUCUACUAGCGAUUUCUCCCAUACAAAAUAUUAACUUUCUUUCUCUUUCAACUUAAGCGUAUACUUAUAAAUAAAACUACUCACUGUGCUUCCUGAAGUGUAAGCAAAGUUAGAGAAAAGGGUAUAUCCACUUUACAGUAGGUACUUAUUUUCUAUUAUUCUCUGUUAUUUUUAAUUUUUAUUUUCUUGAUUGCUAGCUUAUGUUAGGUUGGCAUUGUUACCCUUGGAUGUGUUUGGUUAAAAAGCAGAAGAAAACCUAAGCAGGUAUACUCAAUGUGCUCGCAUUACAGGAAGCAGAAUGGCUUGAAUCUUAGACAAUGGCAAUAAAGAAAAAUUGUUUAAUUGAAAGUAACAAAAUUAUUAAUACAUUAUUACUCUGUCAGAUUAAGUUUUAAUUUUUUUAACAUUAAUCGGGGCAACAGAUCUGCGACUGACUUAUUUUUCAUUAGUGUUUGGAAUGAUAUAAAGGCUCACAUGUAAUGUAGUUUCAGGCAUAUAAGAUGACACGGCGUGUUAAAUGAGGUCAGCUAUUUCUGACUUGCAUUUAGUUUUUAUGACACCUUACAUCAGUUUAUAUCUGCACUUAAAACAUAAAUAGUUGGAGACUGUCCGCUUAGAUCACGUGUAAAAUUUUUCAGAAAAGGUUUUAUCUUACAUUCCUUAUAUUUGUUAAUAGUAGAUCUAUUUGGUAAUAAAUAUUUAAGUUCAGAAUUUUCAUAUAAAUGAAUAAAUAUUUGUGUAUGUGUGUGCAGGGGCAUAGCCGGGGGGGGGGGGGGGGGGGGGGUUAGGGGUUCAACCCCCCCCCCCCCCCCCCCGUUAGCACUAAAUGUUUAAUUAAUUUCUUAUUCAUCACUCAAACAAAUUUCAUAUUAAAAUUAAAAAAAUUUUUACCAUUACAAUAUUUAAAUUUAAGUACCCAAAACUGCUUAAAUAGAACUAUUUUACACCUUAAAAUCCAAAUUUUCCCCCGGACCCCCCGCUUUAAUACGGGGGAGCAUGCUUCUUAACACCCCCCAAACACAAAUCCUGGCUAUGCCACUGUGUGUGUAUAUACACACUUAUACACAGAGGCGCAACAACUAAAUUUCCAGGGGGGGCAAUAUACCUUUUUAUAAAGAAUCAUCGAACCCCCCUAUUGAAGCGAGGGGUCCGGGGGUCCUUCCCCGGGAAAAUUUGUAUUUCAAGGUGGAAAAUGGUGCUAUUUAAGCAGUUUUGUUACCAAAAAAUUGAUUACACAGCACUUUCUUUGCCCCCGUUUGCCCCCACUUCAAGGUUUCAGAGGGGGGGCAAAAUACCCUUCACCCCCCCCCCCCCCCCCCCUGUUGUUGCACCCUUGCUUAUACAUAAACACAACCCUGUAAUAUAAAAAUAAAAAGUCAUUGUAAAACUUUAUUGAAAGAUCCUGAAAAAGUUCUGAAAUUGGUUUACCAAUGACUUGUAGACAUAGUGGUGAUGUGAAAAUUGUAAAAUUAUUUGCACCGUGGUGUAAGACGUAAAGCCACUUGGUGUUGGAGGCAGAAGUAGCUCAACCAUUCUUGUCUCCCUGCCGGGGCGUAGCCAGGGGGAGGUCUAUGGUGUCCGGAGCCCUCCUUGUCAGGAAGCAAGGACAGAAUAAGAAAGUUACAGAGCAACUUGGCUACGUAAGGUUCCAGAGAGAUUAUUUUAGGAAUACCGUAAUACUUAGCCUGACAUACCUACCUCAUGCACAAAAUAGGCAGGAAUUGUGUUUCCAAGCAGGGGUUUCCAUACAUGUCAGCCUAUUGUGUGUCUUUCAUACUAACUUGACAUGUGUGUUUCAUGUACUUUAUAAUACUAUUAGUAUAGCUAUAUACAUUCACGUACAUAUAGUAUAUUUGUGUGUGUGUGUGUGUAUGAAUUGCUUAAACAAAAUCAUCAAACAGUUUGACUUAAAAACCAAAAUGUUUCAAAUAAUUAAAUAAAAACUAAAACAUUAAUACAUUCAGUAUUUUUUUCUCAAGCAAAAUCAUUAGUUCCUAAAUUUCAAUGUGGAAAUUUUGGAGUUAAAAGUACUAUUCCCUGAGAUUCUAUAGAUUUUAAAGAAAACUUACUCACAAAAAAAUUAUAGUGUGGUUAUUCUGGACCCCCUCUUUCACAAACAGCCUGACCACGACCUGACAUCUGGAAGGGUUACAUUUUACAUGGAAAUUAUGUGAGCGUUCAGGUAAGAGCAGCCAUGAUGGACACAAGGUUGGAGAGGGAGUUGGCAUUUUGGUUUCUCCAGCAGCGCCCCCUGGCGGUAGGAAGGUAGGAAAGAUUGUGCCGGGAACUUGUAGAUGAGCAGAUCUACAAGCAAAGGGCUGAGAUCAAGUUUUGACUACUAGGCGGUGCAAAACGCAGCACACAGAGAACACCAACACUUCGAGGUUGUAAGUACGGAUACAAACAGUUUUUCCAUUCUACUCUGUGCGACAGCAUCUUUAAAACUGCCAGGUUUGCGACUCCAUUUAAAAGUGAUUAUAAGCACAGCAGGGUUAAUUUACCUUUUCCAUAUCCUUAAAAAGUCCUUCAUUUUAAAUUGUAUUGCUCAUGGGCCUUUAAAUGUCUUUAAAUUUUACUAUAGAUUCUACAACACUCUUCAAUAAUCAAAUUAUUUCAUUUGCAUAGAAACACAUUAUGAUGCAAGAAUUUUUCAAUUUUAUUUUUUCCUCCAGCUGUUUAGUUCCUAAAAUACUAUUUUUGUCAGGGUUUCUUAGCCAGUGGUCAAGCAGCCAAUUUUCAUGUUUAAUUUUCAGACAAUAAUAGUUCUACUUACUUUGAGCUAUUAGUGUAAAAUAAAUUUAUUGAUAUAUAUCCGAAGUCAUUAAAAUCCUUAAUGGGCUUGAAAACUUGUGAAAUUUUUAUCAGUGUAAAUAGGUACAUAAUAGUAAUGUAGUCGCAUGAUGACCUUUUAUGGGAGACUAAUAGGAGCUUUAAGAUCUUCAGACUUGUAUAAAAUUCUGUUCUUGUGGAGUGGGAAAUACGGUAUGUAUGAUCCUCUCUGAGUGUUAGCAGUAGCCUGGUGAAAGUUCUUUCAAACUGCAGAGGAUUGGGAGGGGAGGCAAGGCAGUCGCUCGGAAUGCUCAGGACUCGGUCGCACACUCCGUGUGGAGUUCUUAAUUUUAUCGUAUUUACAUUUCUGAAUUUUUAACUCAAUGCUUUCUUUGAAUUUGUUGUUUUGUCACAAGUAUUUCCAGCAGCUUUUUAACUUAGUGUUAUAUCAUGGGUGUAAAGAAGUUGCGUAAGUGAUAGUAAUUACAAAGAUUUGAAUAAAUCUUUACACCCACUAUACUACACUAAGUGAAUAUAUUUUGGAAAUAUUUGUGACAGAACAACAAAUGCAAGGAAGGUAUCAAGUUGAAAUUCAUGAAAUAGAAUUUAAAUAAAAGUAAUGGUGAAAAAAAAAAUUAAAAUGGCACGUGAGACCGCGCCUUAAGUACAAGGAUUAGGACGUGAUAGGACGCAAGCACAUGACACUAGAGAGGGGAAAAUAAAAUAAAAUGAUCAUCUAAUUAGUAAAGAAAGCAAACACUGUGGACGGUAGGGGCAGCGAGAUUAACUUUCGAAAUAGGGAGACAGCGACUCCGACUAGAAGGAAGCAAAAGCAUGGGAUGUCAGCUGUGAGAUUGCAGUUGGGCAGGGUGCAAGAGAGCUGUUGUUACAAUGUUCGAGCAGUGGAAACUACAUUAUGAAAAUGAAACUAUCUGGAAAAUUAAAGCCAUCCUGGUAGAAUUAAUUUUUCUAAAAAUCUAAAAUGAUUAUUGAGUGCUAUAUUUUCAAUAUCCACCUGGCUCCUAGUGUUUUUUAUGAUUAGGAUGUAUAUUUUUUGACUCGGUAUACUGCAUUUGGAGUUAUUUUGUAAAUGGAAUGUAAAUGUGUAACCACAGUGCUGCCAUCUGUGCGGAUGGCACGAACCAAAAUUCGCAAAUCCAAAAUGAAAUUUUAUAGUAUUAAUUCUUUAAUGAAUUUUAACAAGAUUUUAAUAUUUUUUUUUGUACAUCUGUUCCAAAGCGGGUUUAAUAUUUUUUCAAGUCUUUUUCGCAUUUAUUAGAGCCGUUUCAUUAUAUACAUUAAAAUCUUGCUCUGCAAAUUGAAUGAUUUAAUUGUUGACAUAGCUGCUCCGGCAGCAAAUUCUAGCGACAGAUGUAGAAACCACGUUUGAUUCCAGUACAGAAAUGUAGUUGGAAACAUAAUUUUUGUAUAUUUAUCAUGUUCAGCAUUAUUUUUAAGAAUUCUAUGGUUAAUUUUGUGUCAAGAGUUUCAUAUUAUAAGUUAAUUUGCAACAUGAGAACACAUUAAUUUGCUCGUUACCAAGGUUAGAUGUCAUCACUGGUGAGUACUAAAAACCUAGCUCACAUUUUUUUUGUCUCAAUGAUGUGUGUGAAGAUAAUCUUUGGAUACUUACGAAAACCUAACCAGUUGUAUUACCUUGUUUACUCUCAUGAUGAUCCAGAGUUUAAUAAAAUAGUAUAGUGUGUUAAAUAUUUUGUGUCCGGACUCUGUGAAUACGUAAUAAAUAUUUGUGAUGCUUUGAUUGAAAUUUUAACAUUCAUUUUGUUUGUGGGCUCCUAAAAAGUUAUGGAAAAAAAAAGAAGAAAAUCUUUUGUGUGUUAACAUAGUUUAUUUUAAUGUUUCUCUUGUCAUUGACUUAUUAUUACAACACCAUAUGAAUAAAAAAAAUCAAAUUGCAA